UGUUGAUCAAAUCCCUUCGCAAACCCCUUGCGUCGUUCCUGCAUCAGCGAGCAGACAUCGGUCUGCAAUACCAUCAUACGAGGCAGAAGGCAACCAGCAGCGCAUUGACUCUGUUUCGUAUCCGACUCCGAGCAGAUCACCGCCCGUUGAUCAACUGAUCAAGCCCUGCCACGAUAACCCGACAUCACAGUGCCACAUGGCAACAGCAUGGCCGACAGGACGCCUGCACGCCAUGCACUACACCAGGCACACCAUGCACAGCCAUCGCAGCAGUGGUUCCCAGCAUCAACAACACACGCAGUGAUGCCCUUGACACCCAGCAGCCCCUCAGCCUCCACCAGUCACCCCGGCAGCGAGGCUGCACCCCUUGCCGGCUUUGCGUCCACCGCCUGCCCUUCGCAGCAACGACAGCAGCAAAGGCAGCCAGCAGUUGUGCUGCAGGCAGUGGCUUCUGACAUGCAGCCGUUUUGUCCGCAGACAGAUGCAGACGCUGGGCGCCCCUUGUCAGACACAGCUCUUGUCGGACAUCGUGAUGUCAGCACCGCACCACCAGUGAGGCAGCCACCGCAGACAUACGUACAGCACUGGCAACAGCAACGGCAGCAACACUGGCAGCCGCACCACGAGCAGCAGCAACACCUGGCCCUCAAGCUCUCGCCCGGCACGUGCCCUGCUCCCCGCGGGCUCACGCACGAACGCGUGGUGCAGGAGCUCGUCUGGCGGCUGCAUGCACUCUCUCACAGCACCCACACACGCACAGGCGACCACGCACCACACCAGCCCUGUGAGCCGGAGCACUGUGCUGCUUGCGCGCGAUUGGUACAGAAAAUGACCGGCGUCUCAACAGAUGACCAGUAUGAGAAAAAGGAGAAAAGGCAUUCAUCCCACGCCGCGCGCCGAAGUGCUAGCGCAGACACAUCUGCACCUGGCCGGGGAUCUCAGCGCGCCACCUCGCCGAUUGAGCGUCGCAGGACCACCCUUCUCCAGCGGCUACGACGGAGGGUGCUUGGCUCACGACCAUCACUCUCUGCCUCGUCACACUCCACCUCAUCCCACACCGCCACAUCGGACCCCAUCACAAACCACACAACUGAGAGCGGUCGCCCAGGUUCCCGCGGCAGCAUGGGAAGGCACGUCAGCGCAGUGGCUGGGCACGCAGAUGCGCGUGAUCGCCAGGCCACAGCGCGCGAUGGGUCCAGCAUAGCGCCCUAUCAAUCCACCAUCGACUACAGGGCCACGCAGUAUCCAAAACCAUCAUCUCAGCAGCGCGAUGGCGACAGCGGUCACCACCACCGUCAUCACCAGCACGGGGACCAGCAUAGGGCCUCCACAGUUGGCAGGUCGUUGCAUGGGAUGGACGACUAUGUUCCCUCGGGCCUGCUCCAAGGCCACGCCCUGUUUUCGUCGACUCAUUCGAGCCUCCCACCAGUACAACCAGCGACGAUACCUCAGCCGACACACGUACAGGGUGCACUCCAUUCCCCACUUGGCGAAGCUGAUGCAUGUCGCCAACGGGAGCAGAUGAUACAGCAGCUGUGGGUCCGGACACAACAACAACAACACCACCAACAACAACACCAACACCAACACCACCACCACCAACAACAACAACAACAACAACGACAACAACACCACCACCACCACCAACAACAACAACAACAACAACAACAUUCGCUUGGCUCUCCUCCUUCCCAUUCUUCUGACGUGCCGCCCAUGAUCAUCGAUCACCGACAACAGAUCUCAAUAUCUGCUGUCUUGACCAGCGCUGCUCCUGUACUCGAGCGCACAGCUGCAACAUGCGAUGUGGAGUUCCAUCUCGCGCCAGGCCACCCUCCCCUCUACGGCAUGUCGGCGGUCCUGUGCCACCAGAGCCGCGUGCUUGCAGCCAUGAUUGAUGCGGCCCUCCCAGUGUCACACUCGACAGCAGCAUUAGCAAGCAACGUGACGGCGCCGCUGCCUCCCACGCCUGCGGCCACUUUACCAAGCCGCCGGGCCGUUCGUAUCGACAAGUGGAGCCCCUCCGUGUUUGACGCCUUCCUUGCUUACAUGCACACGGGUCGUGUGGCGGUCAGCAGCACGGACAUGCUUCCGCAGCUUGCGGCGUGUGCUGGCGCAUUUAACGUUCCGCGUCUCGCUGCACACUGCCAGCAGCUCAUGCCCUCUGGCAUGUCGACACCACGCAACCCGAGCAGCAAAGGCAUCUCCCGCAUCCCAGGAGCGAGCACCAGUGCACCGCGGACGGCGUCGCCGUCAUUGUCCACAUACACGCGGCUUUCUGACAUGUCGCAGUCGCGAACGUACGACUCAUCUACAGUCUAGCUCCUUCGUGACCGGCACGAGGCCCUUGGGCAACCUUUGUUUGCCCACAAGCACAGUAUGCUUGCGCGCAAGGAAAAAGCGUGCCCUUUUGUCUAAGCACACGACUCUGUGUUGCUCUUGGUGUGAUGCUGUUGGUUUGGGAGUCGACAGUUUCUUUACAUGUGAUUCAUGUGUAUGGGCAUCGAACACGGGCACUCUGGUACUGUGCGAGGGCGCUGAUGCGUGCUUGUUUGUUUUGUUCUGUUUUGCCAGUGUGUGUGUGUGCAUGCAAUUGUGGAGCACUCCUCCUUGUCUAUGUUUCUUGGGCAUUGGGCAGAGUGCUUGACUGCACGUAGGCCCUGGCCUGUCGCCGUGCUCUGCGUUGUUGCUCUGCACGGGCGCGCCACUCGUCUUUCCUGUUUCCUGUUCUUGUUCCUUGUCCCACCUUUUUUUCUUCUUGUCCGCGUCUGUGACCUGUCCUGCACUCUCUUCUCGUGCCUGGUCUGUCUGGACCAAGAUGCUAAGAUGGCUAGCUCGUUUGCUUUGUUUUACCCAUGUUUUCUAGCUGCUGUCCCUUUGAUAAGUACACACGACCAACGCA